UGUUUUCCGAGGAGGAUCCGAGAGUUGGACAGAUUUUCCGACCACAUCCUGUCCUACGGCUCAGAGUUGGACGCCGAUCACCCGGGUUUCACCGACUUGAAGUACAGAGAGAGAAGGAAGCAUCUCGCUGAUUUGGCCUUCAAUUACAAGCAUGGCCAACCCUUACCGCACGUAGAGUACCCGGAAGAAGUGGCCACUUGGGGUUUGGUGUAUAAACAGCUGACAAAGCUCUAUCCCACUCACGCCUGCAAGGAGUUCAAUCACAUCUUCCCACUCCUGGUUGAGAACUGUGGCUUCCGAGAGGACAAUGUGCCUCAGCUUGAGGAUAUCUCCAACUUCCUCAGAGACAGCACCGGCUUCACCCUUCGCCCAGUGGCCGGUCUCCUGUCGUCGCGCGACUUCUUGGCGGGGUUGGCGUUCCGCGUGUUCCACUCGACCCAGUACAUUCGCCACCCCUCGGCCCCCCUCUACACCCCUGAGCCCGACAUCUGCCACGAGCUGCUUGGUCACGUGCCCCUUUUCGCCGACCCCGACUUCGCCCAGUUCUCCCAGGAGAUAGGGCUAGCCUCUCUGGGUGCACCUGACGAUUAUAUCGAGAAACUUGCUACUUGCUAUUGGUUCACAGUGGAGUUCGGCCUAUGCAGACAGAACGGUCAAAUCAAGGCAUUCGGUGCCGGACUGCUGCCUCUUUUCGGCGAACUCGAAUACUGUCUAAGCGACAAACCUGAAAUCCGGCCAUUCGACCCGCCCAAGACGCUCUGCAGAAACCACCCCAUCACUGAGUAUCAACCAGUCUACUAUGUCGCCGAGAGUUUCGAGGAUGCUAAGGAGAAGAUUGUGAAAUUCGCGCAAACAAUACCGCGAGAGUUCACAGCCACCUACAAUGCCUACACUCAAAGUAUUGAGCUGAUCGACUCAAAACCGCAAGUCAAGAACUUGAUCAAUGGUAUCAGCGGACAACUGCAGGUCUUGAAGGAUGCACUCAAUAAACUCUGAUUCAUUUGAGCGUAAUCUAUGAA